AUACACCAACACAAGACGACGUAUAAAUCCCAUAUCCUGAUAUGACUUCAAUUAAACCUCUCUUUUUCUCGGCUCCGUUCGUCCCUCCCAAACCGACUAAACACAAACAGAGAGUAGGAUAUCAUACGGCGAAGAAGAAGAUAAUGACAAUCAAUUCUCAAAAUCAACAAAUAGAAAUCUAUGAUCGAUCAAAAGAGGUCAAGGAAUUUGACGACUCAAAAAUCGGAGUGAAAGGUCUUGUCGACUCAGGUAUUACUACCAUCCCUCGUUUCUUUGUUCACCCGCCUGAAUCUUUUCCUUCCAUCACCACUCACCCCAAUCCCUCUGAUGAUCAUCAUAGAAAAGAAAUCCCAAUUAUUGAUCUCUCAUUUGUCCAUUCACACCGUAGAACCAUCAUAAUUGAUGAAAUCAAAGAAGCUUCAAGAAACUGGGGUUUCUUUCAAAUUCUCAACCACGGCGUCCCAACUGAUGUUUUAGACCGUACGAUUUCAUCCAUCAAAGCUUUUAAUGAACAAUCAAAUGAAAUCAAGUCAAAGUAUUACGGUAGAGAAAUGGGUAAAGGAAUUGCAUUUUCGACGAAUUUUGAUCUCUUCCAAUCAAAAGCUGCCAGUUGGAGAGAUACACUUCAGAUGAAAACAGGGCCAACACCACCUCAUUUUGAUCAUAUUCCUGAGAUAUGUAGGAGAGAGCUAUUAGAGUGGGAUCAACAGGUUCAACUGUUAGGAGAGACUUUGAUGGGAUUACUGUCUGAAGGGCUGGGACUAGAGAAAGAUAAGUUGAAGGAAAUGAGCUGUUUGGAUUCCAGGUUAAUGGUAGCUCACUAUUAUCCGUAUUGUCCAGAACCGGAACGUACCGUUGGUCUGAAAUCUCAUAGUGAUCCUGGUGUCUUGACGGUUCUGCUUCAAGAUGAAAUUGGUGGGCUUCAAGUGAAGAAUGGCGAGGAUUGGAUUGAUGUUAAACCAUGCAGUGGUGCUCUUGUUAUCAACAUUGGAGACCUUCUUCAGAUGAUAUCUAAUGAUGAAUAUAAGAGUGUGGAACACCAGGUGGUGGCGAAUCCGUUUCGUGAGCCACGAGUCUCAAGUGGUGUAUUUUUCAACCCUAGUAAGAGGGAAGACAGUUAUGGACCAUUACCAGAGCUAGUGUCAGCGGAGAAGCCAGCUAUUUAUAAGCAGUUCACUCUGACAGAUUUUAUGAGGCAAUUCUUCUCCAAGGAGUUGGAAGGAAAGGCGAUAGAUUAUUUCAAGUUGUAAGUAAGCUAAUAAAAUGAACAACAUCAAUAAUUUCAAUGAACUUGUAUUCUGAAGAUCAAUGUAAUAGCAUGUGAUAUUCAUAUUCUACAAUCUAUUGAUCAUGUUGCUUAAUAAAUCUCACGUGUUUAGCA